AUGGCGGCAAAAGUUUCCAGAAGGUCUUCUUCAUCUCGCUUCGAUAGGUCUUCUUCAUCUCGCUUCGAUAGGUCUUCUUCAUCUCGCUUCGAUAGGUCUUCUUCAUCUCGCUUCGAUAGGUCUUCUUCAUCUCGCUUCGAUAGGUCUUCUAUAUCUCGCUUUGGUGGGUCUUCUUCAUCUCGCUUUGGUGGGUCUUCUUCAUCUCGCUUCGGUAGGUCUUCUUCAUCUCGCUUCGGUAGGUCUUCUUCAUCUCGCUUCGGUAGGUCUCCUUCAUCUCGCUUCGGUAGGUCUUCUUCAUCUCGCUUCGGUAGGUCUUCUAUAUCUCGCUUCGGUAGGUCUUCUAUAUCUCGCUUCGGUAGGUCUUCUAUAUCUCGCUUCGGUAGGUCUUCUAUAUCUCGCUUUGGUAGGUCUUCUAUAUCUCGCUUCGGUAGGUCUUCUAUAUCUCGCUUUGGUAGGUCUUCUAUAUCUCGCUUUGGUAGGUCUUCUAUAUCUCGCUUUGGUAGGUCUUCUAUAUCUCGCUUUGGUAGGUCUUCUUCAUCUCGCUUUGGUAGGUCUUCUUCAUCUCGCUUUGGUAGGUCUUCUUCAUCUCGCUUUGGUAGGUCUUCUUCAUCUCGCUUUGUGGAGUGUAAGACGGCGAUCCAGGCAAUAGAGGCGUUCUUCCUGGACCGCGGGGACCUCGUCGCUCAAAGACUCGGUGAACACUACCUGGCCUGA